UCACCGCCCCGCAUCACCCCCCUUCAGAGCCCGGGGCUGCCUUCGUGCCUCCAUCUCCUCCCGGCGAGAGCGGUGUCGGGUCCCGUUCCCGGAGCGGGGCAGGGCAGUAACGAGCCCGCCGCGGCCCUUGCUGUAGGCGGACAGGGGCGAGGGCCGGUGACUUGAGGCGAGGGGUCCCUGACUGUCUUUGCCUCCUUUCUGCUGACGGAGAGGCACCGCGGAGGGGGUGAGGGGCCAGCCCGGUCCGGGGGCUGCAGAGGACGCCCUUGUGCCCCGCCAGGAAGAUGAAAGGAGAAGGAGGAGGAGGCAACAGCGGCAGCCAAACUUAAUAAAUAAUUCUGACGAUUCCUGAUAUCAAAUGGAGGCCCCUGAGUGGGACCCACUGAAAAAUGACACCCUUCCGCCGACCCUGACGCCAGCUGUCCCUCCGUAUGUGAAGUUGGGCCUGACCAUUGUAUAUACUGUUUUUUAUUCACUGCUUUUUGUGUUCAUCUACGUCCAGCUCUGGCUGGUCCUUCACUACAGGCACAAGAGGUUCAGUUACCAAACUGUCUUUCUGUUUCUGUGCUUGUUUUGGGCCUCUCUUAGGACUGUGCUCUUUUCAUUUUACUUCAAAGACUUUGUCACAGCAAAUUCUCUCAGCCCCUUCAUCUUCUGGCUUCUCUAUUGCUUCCCAGUCUGCCUCCAGUUUUUCACCCUGACCCUGAUGAAUCUUUACUUCACACAGGUCAUUUUCAAAGCUAAGUCAAAAUAUUCCCCAGAGCUACUGAAAUACAGGUUGCCCCUCUACCUGGCUUCUCUUUUCAUAAGUCUCCUCUUCCUCUUGGUGAAUUUAACAUGUGCAGUAUUGGUGAGGACACAGAAUUCUGAGAGAAAAGUCAUUGUCUCUGUCCGGGUGGCAAUUAAUGACACGCUGUUUGUGCUGUGCGCUGUUUCACUCUCCAUCUGCCUGUAUAAGAUUUCCAAGAUGUCCUUAGCCAACAUUUACUUGGAGUCCAAGGGCUCAUCCGUCUGUCAGGUGACAAGUAUAGGAGUGACUGUUAUACUACUUUAUACCUCACGAGCCUGUUACAACUUGUUCAUCUUAUCGUUUUCCCAAACCAAGAAAGUCAAUUCUUUUGAUUACGAUUGGUACAACGUAUCAGAUCAGGCAGAUCUGAAAUGUCAGCUGGGAGAUGCAGGUUACAUAGUGUUCGGAGUGGUCCUUUUCAUCUGGGAGCUCUUGCCUACUUCCUUGGUUGUGUAUUUCUUCCGUGUCCGGAACCCUACAAAAGAUCUAGCCAACGCAGGAAUGGUCCCAAGCCAUGGCUUCAGUCCCAGAUCUUAUUUCUUUGACAACCCUCGCAGAUACGACAGCGAUGACGAUCUUGCGUGGAAUAUUGCACCACAGGGGGCACAGGGCAGUUUCUCUCCAGACUACUACGACUGGGGCCAUCAGAACAGCAGCUUCACGGCUUACAUAGGAUCCCUCCAACAAGAUCCAGCACUGGACACAGAGCGGCCCAGCCCUAUAUAACUUCAAUCAACUACAGCGUUCUAGGACAUUCCAAUAUUAAAACAAGUGUUCCGAAAAACAAAGCUUAGCAAUUUUUCUUCACCUUUUGGUUUUUAGAAGUGUUCCUAUGCACAGAUAAAUGAAGAACUUGUCUUUGCCAUGAGCUUUUCGUAGUUCAAGGAGAAGUAUAAGCUAAUGACUUAAACUCUGAAGACUGUUCUAAUUAAUACCUUGUUCUAAGCCAUGGUAUUUUUGGCUUUGAAUAGAGUUGUUAGAGAGUAUAAUUUAAUCAUUUUAUGCUCAUUUUAAAAGAGCAAAUUUCAUGAAGUAAAAUGGCGUAAUUAUUUUCUAUGUAUUUUUAUUUUUACACUGUGUAUUAGGUUAGAAAUACAUGAUUAUGAUGAAUAUACUGUAAACACAUGAAUGGGUUGUUCAAACGCAUGACAGUAGCGAUUCUUACGUGCACAUAAAAACCUGUAAGGGAAGAAUAUCAACCCGAUUAAAUACCAUCUUUCCAGGUUACUGCUACAUUCUCAGAGCACAAUUUACUCUUUGGGUCAUUUCUGCUUACUCAAUGGGGUAAGAUGGCUGGAGGCUAAAAGUUACCUAUACUCUCAUUACGGUCUCAAAACACUGCAUCCUUCUAAGCAAGAAAACUGUAUCUUCUUGACAGCCAUCAGGAAUGGGCUUAGAAUGGUAGAGAUGGACAGUCCUCUGGCUGGAGCACUGUAAAGGGCAAAACAGACUGAAAGUUUCUAAGUUUGAAAACCUGGAAAGUUGUGUGAUCACCUCUGACAGUCAGUGCUAGGUAUGUUACAGAGAAGAGUAAGUCAAAGACUGAGUGAGGAAGAUGGAUACAUAGAACAGCACUUAUUUAUCAAAAACUAGUAAGUGCCACCUGGGCAUAGAACAGGAGCCAGGAAUACAUAAAGCAGAAGAACCUCCAGUGGACCUAGAAGAUAAAUUCUGCAUAAGGAGCAGAAGGUCAGCCAAGCCAGGCUUCCGCUUCGUAUGUUUAGGGAUUAAGUGCAGUGGGUUGUGGUAGAAAUGGUGUGUAAGUACCAUUCCAAUAUGUGACAUUUGUACAUAUAGCAAGCCUAAAAAGAAUUGAUACUAAUUCUAAGGGUGAGCAGAAACCUUAACUCUACUGCAGGCCUUUUUAUUGUGCCCAAUACUGAGGGGUAUGCUCUGCUGUGAAGAAUUCCACAUCCCCAGCAUCUCCUUCUCCUUCCACCCAUGAAACAAAUACUGUAAUUCAAUCCACAUUUCCCUAGGAGAAAAACUUAUGUCUUACAAUAAUCGUUUCUUCCACAGAGGUAGUUUGUUUUGAGGUGUACUACAGCAUCCCAAGAUGGUGGACAGGCUUGAUGUUUUCUUCCUAUUUGGCUUCAGGAAGUACAAGUAGAGAAUUCUCAUGUAACGUUUUGCAGAGGAUACGGGAUGGGGAGUAGAUCUGAUCAGGCUGCUUGGAAGCUGAAAGCACAGCAGUGCCACACUCACAGGCCAAGUCUUCCAACGCGUCUUUGAUUGUUGGGGCCUUGGUUGUAAAAUCCAAGCACGAGCCCUGCCUCUGGCAGAAGCACUCUGGCCAACUGUUUGCCCUCCAGAGUUUCCAUUAGUUUCUUCACUUCUUCCUCAAUGUUCAUUAAAGAAGCCAAGUAAAUUAUCAGUCAGAGCUUAAAAAGAGGUGCCACAGGGUUGUGAGAACAGAAAUUUUAUUAAACCCUUUGGAGUUCUACAAACAUGUUUGUACAAAACUGCCUUAAGACCUAGUGCAAGGAAAGUCUCCAGGAAUUAAAUUUUCUUCGCAGUAGAUCUAUCUGCACAGGAAAAAUUUAAUUAUAAGAAUUUUGUGCUUAAAACAAGCUUAAUCCCCACUCCACAGUAUGCAUGCAAAAAGUGGAAUUCAAAGUUACUAUAACCAAUCACAGUAACAAAUUAAACACUCUUGAACACAGGGGAUUUAAACCACAGUGUGAAAGGUAAGACCUUCAAUUUUAUUUAAAUCACUAUUAUCCUCAACACCUGUGUAACAGGUAUUUACCCACCUAAACUGGGGGUGAAAUAUGUGCAUAUUGACAACCAAAUUUUUAGUAAGAUAAUUUAUUAAAAAUGCAUACAUGGAAUGAAACAGAAAGCUGCAUAAACCCUGUAGGGGCAAUCUUCUUCUACACAAAGAGCCCCACUGGCUAAACCAACCAGAGAAAGUAUUUACAAAAUUGGUUUUAUAAGCUAUUCUGGGAAAGGGACAGAAAGACAAAACUUCAUUUUGAAAUAAGCCUUUUUGCCUCUUAAAACAAUUGCACUUACACAGUGGCUAGAUUUGGCCAUAUUCAUACAGAAACAUGCUGUAAUUCUGCCACACACAUUUGUGAUGUGCUGACACACUGCUAUGCACUGCAAACAGCAACAGAUACGUAUGUUACAUUCACCUUUUGGAUGGAAUUAAAGUGAAAAUAAAAGCCUGUUCAUCAUCUUAAGUGACUCGUAUUAAUAAUUUAAAUGACAUAAUUCCUUCCAAGUGUAGUUGAAAGGUAAAUGAAAAGUAAAGUUUCAAAUAAAAUCCCAAAAAUUACAUUGACAUAAAGAAGUUUUAGCAGAAAAUACUUUAAUUUUCAUUUUAUAGAUUCAAACAUAGCAAAGAUUCAGAAGUGUUUAGAUCCCAGUAAGCAGUUCCAACAUUGAUUCUGAUUUUAAUAAAUAUUACAUUUUCAUAGGCUAGCUAUAUGGAGGAAUUGUAAAGUGAUGAAUUGCUGAUUGCUACUUUAUAAACAUAAGCAUUUAGAUUAUUUACAACAUAUUACAGGUAAUUUCCCAGAAGAGCACAAAGCCAGCUCAGAUAAAGGCAACCUGACCAUCAAAACACAACUCAGGAAAGUGUGGCCCAGUGUAUUUCAUGUAUGUACAAUGACAGACAGCAGAAUCAUCAGCUGAAGCAGGAGAACACUUUUGUUAUUCUGGCUUACACAAGUCUCUCUCUUUCUCACUGUUUUAAAUCUAUAUUCUCACCUUCCUCCUCAGGCACUGAGGAGCAAGUUGUUCAGCAGCAGCACCCUACAUUUUACCUAUGCAGUUUGCACCAAGCUUUUUUUACCAUUUUAUCUAAGUCUUCAUGACUUGGGAAAAAUAAAUCAUUUUUGUGUUUGUCUUCUCACUACCUCUGGGAUUACAAUCAUUGUGUCAUGAAAUUUUUCUCUGAAAUGAAUGACAGACAAAUGUUAACAAGCUGAUCUCCAACAGGGAACUGGAAUUUAAAAUAGUUUACAGGUCAUGGACACUGUAACUAACCUUAUUCUUCAGUAUAAAAACGGAUCUGUAAAUUUCUAAAAUUUCAUUUAAGAACCAAGUCAUCCGACUCACAUGGCAAAACUUCAUAGGCAGCAUAGUCACAGAAUGUACAUCAAAUACAGUAAAAAAGAUGGCGACAGGAAAGUAGUUUCACUUAGAUUUGUAACAGGAAAAAUCUUAUCUCCUAUUUCUACAGUGACAGUGAAACGUCUUCCCCAUUUGAUCACUAAACAAGAUGUACCUUCAAAUUCAACAGAACUUCCCCAUACACAGAAUCUGCUGUUCAGCUGCAUUCCUGUGUUUCCAUGACACAGGGGAAAAAAAAAAAACAAAACCAGAAAAGCUUCCCAUCUCUUCAUGUCCUUACCCAGCAGUAUUAACCUUGACUGCGCUGUGCCAACGAGGGUUGCAAGGAGCAGGUGUCCAGGAUCUGCGGGCCACCCCAAUCUCUCACCUGUCCCGUGAGUGCGUGAUGAUUAGUAUGUGAUGCUGCUUCAGUGUCCGUAGAUUUUAACCAGGCACAGGUG